AUGUCUCCCGGAAAAGACAUCCGCGCUUUACAGAGGAGAAUAGCCACUCUCGAGUCCAAGCUGCAGAAGUAUGAGGGUCAGGUUGAGGCACUGGACGCUUCCGCUGCCUCCGGCAGUGACAGAGGAAAGGUGGAUAGGGAGAAGCUGGGGCUGAGGGAGAAGAUGUGUAAUAUUCAAUAUGACAUAAAUAGCUAUGAGCAUCAGAUAACGGCGAUUAAGGAGGCGCUUAUGAGGAGUAUGUGGCAUUAA